CCCAGAAGACAGUCACGAACUCAUGUCGCGCGAGCUAACAAAACUGUCGAUAUCGCAGGGCGGACUUUGCCUGUGUCACCUGUGCUCGACACCCUGUUCUACUGGAUGGCCGAAAGAGACGAAAUCCGGCGGAAGAAGAUGGCGGGUCAACAAGCCCCUUGGACGGACGACAAUAUCAUGUCGACCUACCGAUUUACCAACGUCUUUCGCGUCUUCGACCGCACGACGCAGUACAUCGUGAAGAAUGUUAUCAACCGAGGCAGCCCAGAUUUAUACGAGACGUGCUUCCGAGUCAUGCUAUUUCGGUCGUUCAAUAGGAUCAGCACCUGGGACCUCCUAGAGUCAGAGCUCGACUUGACCUGGGCGAACUUCAACUUUGGCGCGUAUUGUAAAGUCCUGGGCAGGGCUAACGAGGAUGGCGUCCCUAUAUACGGUCACGCGUACAUCCUGCCUGCGCCCGCUCUGGGCAAGAAGAGGAACUACGAGAAUCACCUCCUGCUGUUGCAGCAAAUGUUGAAGGAUGGCCUCCCGGACAGCCUGAGCGGUGCGGCGGAUUUAGAAGAAGCGUGGAAAUUGAUAAGCUCGUAUAUGGGGAUGGGUGUAUUCCUCAGCUUCCAGUUGCUCCUGGACCUCAAUAUGACCGCGCACUUCAACUUCUCCGAAGACCAGUGGGCGAUAUGCGGGCCGGGUGCGGCAUCGGGCUUGCGUAAAAUCUUUGGGUCUCACGUCGCGGGAAUCGAGACAGAGGCUAUGAAAUACCUUCGAGAUACCCAGUAUGAGCAUUGGGCGCGUCUCGGCAUUACGGAGCUACCGCGCCUUCAUUCGGAGCGCGUGGGCGUGACGCUGGUGGACCUA